AUGUGUCAAAUGUUCAGAGUAAUACCAUGGCGCUGGUUUGGUUUUCUCAACAGAAAUCAUCGUUCAACAAUUAUCCUUUCAACAACAAAUUUUAAUUCAGCAAUGAUCGGCCUGAAGUCGUCAGUGCAGAGCGCAUCUUUGCCGGCACAACUGGUGAUCGUAGAAGGAAACAUAGGUGUUGGAAAAUCCACUCUAGCUUGCCAACUGGCCAGAAAGUUGAACUAUCGUGUUUUCCUGGAACCCACGACAAAAAAUCCUUACCUAGCUAAGUUUUAUCAAGAUCCGAAAAAGUACGCUCUGAAACUACAAUUGUGGAUCUUCAAACAGAGAUUCAGAACAUAUAUUGAAGCAACUAAACACGUUCUAAAUUCUGGUAUGUAAAAUGUAACAAGACAAUAGUCAAAUUAAUGUUAUUUGAGCUUCAUUUUCGCUUUUAUGUCGAAGUCGAAGCUUGGCUGUGGUGUCCUUCUGCAAAGCUACUCCCUACAUGCACGGGUGGGUACUGCCAUACAUGGGCUAUAUAUUAGGUAUGUGCCGCUGUGAAGGGUAUGGUUUUCAAGCAGUUUACUCUGGUAUAAGGUAUAUAAAUCAGAAAGUUUGCGUCUAGCUUAAGGAUAGGGUAUCAUUAUUUUCAUUAUUUUUUCCAGGAAACUGAUCAAUUGGUUGAAGAUUUUAGCCCAGACUAGGGAAGCCGGGAAUUGCCACUUAAAAAUAUAAAAAAUCAAAUCAUCAAGUUUAAAUUUACGCAAAUGAUCCUGAAGGCUACUCUGAGAUUUGGGGGGAGGGGGCGAGGUUGGGGGAGUUUAGUCUAGUUUAGGGGAUCAAAAUUCAGCUGAACUAGCUCUGGUAUCAAUUAAGGAUUCCAGGGUUCCAGCGGCACAUCUCCACUCAAACCUUCCUAAAGUACCCCUCCCCCCUGGCCCACAUAGAAGGAGAUACAGGUAAACCUCAUUAUGCACUAAACUGCAGCACAAGGGAUACCUAGUGCAAAGGGGAAGGGUAUUGACCCAAUUUUGGACAUAGGGGUGCUUUUGAGACUUUUGUGAAGGACAAAACUUUUCCAAGUAGCAAUGUGGGUCAUUUUGUGGGUCAGCAUUAUUGCACAGACUGUACAUGGUGUAUGUGUACAAAUGAAAGCCAACUCAAUGAUACACUUUGAUUGGAUGAACAAGGCUGCAAAUAACAGUCAUCAGACAAUCACCAACCAAAACAAUUGGUCAUAUCCAAUCAAUCAUAGUUAGACACUCCACAACAGUCUCACUUCCAUGUCCUAUUUUCUAUUCUUUUCACAAAAUACAAAACUAGCUGACCUUAUGUCCCAGACACAACAUUGUAUGAUGUUACAUGUUGUUGAAAGUUUUUGCACAAAGUUUGAAACUGGUCUAACUUUUAGCUACAGUAUGUGCAAACAGACACAACAAAUGUUAGGAGUUGUUGGCCAACAAUGUUGCGUCCAUUUGCACGGGGCUUUACAGCUGUACUUUUAACACAUUUUUGUUGAAGCUAGGGUCAAAACUGUUGAUGUUUGGACUGAAAUUUUAUAAUUUAUCACAAAUUCCUUUAAGGUCAAGGAGCUCUCUUAGACAGAUCAGUUUUCAGUGAUUCAGUUUUUGCUGAAGUUAACUACCAGCAAGGAACUAUCUCUGAUGAAGGUACAGAUUUUUUAUUGUUUUUUUCUUCCUUUAAUUGUUGUUGGUUUUUUUUGUUUAAUGAACAAGCAUACUUGGUAUACAAAAAAUGAUGUUUUUAGCAGAGCUCUCAUGCAUGCAGUGGAGCACCAUGGGUAAUAAAAUUUGGUUAUCUAUGCAUCCAUAAUUAUCAAUAAAGACUUUGCUUAUGGUAAAAAAGUUAAAUAACUUUAAAAAUACAUUUUCUUACAAGGUAAAAGAUCCCGCAAGGGCUUUGCCUUUGGCCUUGGCUAAAUCUAUUAAUAUAUUAGUUUACCUAAAGGUUGCCAUCUCAUUACUGUUUUUGGCAUUGUUUUUGCAUUAGCUCGGAAAGGUGAAAUUAAAGCACCAUUUUUGGCCUUAUAUUGAGUAAAGUUUGUGUAAGAAAAACAGCACAAAUUAUUUUCAGUGAAUGCAUGUGAGAAGUUUAGCAGAAAGCAAUACUACUUGUCCUUUGACUAUAGUACAUGUAGACAGGGAAGGGUCAAAUUGUUUACUUGAGAAAAGGCAUUGUAAUAUUUAUUUGAGUAGAAAUUCAUCAAACGUUUCCUUGAAUUUAAGGCUUUCCAUAACUUUAAAGUGAAUUAUUUUCAAGGACUGGCUUGUUGUAAAUUUAUCAUAGUUUUAUUUAUUUUUUUAUUCAACACCCCUUAGAAAGCAACAAUACCAAACUCUCUUGUUACACAACUGAAGAACAUAUUCUUUUUUUCCAUUGAUUUUCAUGGAAUACAUCUUGAAUUAUUUCAGGUUACCAGUAUUAUAGAGACCUACGGAAACAAGCUUUGAAGGAUGUCUUGGUUCCGCACACUACCUUGUAUCUUAAUGUUUCACCAGAGACUUGCAGUCAGCGUAUUCUUGGGCGAGGAAGGGUAUGAGUUAUUUCAUUUCUGAAUUCAGUAGCCUUUGAAAUUACAAAGUAAUGGAACUACAUUUUGUGCCCAGAUCAGUUGAACAUUAAUUUAUCCAAAACAUACAAUGUAGGUGUGUCGUCUUUACGUUAACGCAGUAAGAAUCACUGAGGGAAAAGUCUGGAGAAAACAAAGUUGUUGUCGACGUAGGUAGUGAAAAACCAAAGAAUGAUUUCCUGAUUCAAAAAAGACAUUAAUUUAGUUCCAAAAAGUCUUCUGUGUUGAAUCAAUAAUAAUGUUGUCAUGCAUUAAAUCCUGUAAAAGUCUAUGUAAAUCCUGUAAAAGUCUACUCUCAAUGAAAAAAAGUCUUCUAUGUUGAAUCAAUAAUAAUGUUGGAAUACAUUAAAUCCUGUAAAAGUCUAUAUAAAUACUGUAAAAGUCUACUCUCAAUGAGGUUUAUGUAAAAAGUUUAAGACUAUCAAAAAAAAAGGAAAAGAAAAGUAAGAUGCCAUUUUGCAGAAAGUUGUCUAGGGGUUGGUGAAAAUUUAACAGUGACACCCCUUUGCAAAAUCAUUAGCUUGUGUGUUUUAUUUUUUUAUACUUAUUUUUAUUUUUAUUGUCCUCUUACAAAGUACCUAAAACUUAUACUUUUUCCUUCAGGAUUAUGAAAGUGCAAUUCCACUGGAUUAUCUCAAGGGGCUUGAUUCAUGUUACAAAACAUUUUUAGAUGAAAUGAGGUAAGGCCUAAAGAGAACUAAAUGCUUGUAUUUGAUUAGUAAUUCAUUUGUUUAUUUUGGAGGAUGCUUCAAAAUUAUUAACUCUUCUCAUCUUAGGUUUUGUUAUUCCCCACUUGUCAGCAUUGCACAAUGCAUGUUCAGCAUGUGAUUCAUACAUGUAGUUACUAAAUAGUACACUUAAAGGGCGUAUUGUACUUUAUUUUCUACUUAAUUUUGUUCAACGUGUUCUGUGGUUAGUUGGUUCAAUUUUCUUUUACAUGUACCCAUCCCUCCUACCCUUAUGGGUUUUUGUUCAGUUUUUAUGCACUGACUGUGAAAUAAAACUAUGUUCAUGCUAAACAAACAGUGUGUUAUUACUUGUCUGUUAGUAUAGAUAUCUCUGGGCAUUUUAUUAUUUUUUGACCAGAUGGUGACUAGGAGAACAAUUUACUCGCUUCAAAUGAAGUCUCUCACCAUAAUCUCGGACUCUAGGGGGGAUAGGGGAAUUGGUUAAUUUGCUAACAAUACAUGUGUGUUAUCGUCUGAGCCUCAUUUAUGACAAUCAAUGUGAUUUUUUUCCGAAAAUGUUAGGUUUUCCUGUAGUUAACAAUUCAGUCUUGUAAUAAUGAAUGGGUCUUGGCUUAUAGCCAGGUGUUUUCGAUUUAUUUUUGGUUCUCGUUAUGCCGAGUCUACACGUUCAAAGUUUGGGGUCUCAGCUUAUAGCCGAGAUCGGCUUAUAGUCGAAUAAAUACGGUAAUUUUACGAAUCUGACCAUCGUCAAAUUAAAUUAAAUAUUUAUUGCUUUUGCUUGGAUCCCUUUCUAAAAGUUGCUACCUUUUCAGGCCCAAAUCCAAAAUCUACAGUACAGAGUCAAAGUUUUGGUGCUACAUGUACGUGUAGUUGCUAUCAAAUUAGUCCAUUGAUUUUUCUUAACUGAUUGUACAUGUAUCAUUAAAUUAAUUCUUUUAAACUGUCAAAACUUUGAUCUUGAAAGUAAACAAAGCAAACAUAAAACAGCUUUCUGGGCCCGGUAAUUCCCAGGACUUUAAAGAAGCAGGUCCCAAAGCUAUGACAGUACAUGUAUGAAAUCCAAGAUGCCCCGCAUCAAUGUUGUGUGUAGAAACUAAUAUGUUGUCUAUCAAGGGCAACUGGGCACUUUAACAGUGCAGCUCUGUAUGUUCUCAAUUAAUUACCCCCCUUCCUCAAGAAAUAAAAGUGUUUUUAAAAAUUAAUUCUCUGUAGUUUUAGACAUAUUUAUUAAAUUUAUUUGUUACAAAAAUUAUUGUAUUUAUUGAAGAAUAUUUCUUCUGGCAGACAUAUUGGUUCAAGUGUGUUGGUAUACAACUGGACGGACUUUGGAUACAAGUAUGAGGUCAGAGUGUUUAAAAACAGAUGAAAUCACAGUUUAACCCUUUAAGUGCCAAUAGUGACCAACAACAAUUUUCUCCUAACAAUAUCCAUUCACUGUCAAAAGAUAAAGUUAUGAGAAUUAAUAAAAUGAUCAUCAUAGAGAAAAUUCCAUGAUCUUUUAUCAAAUUCUGUCAACUAAUUCUUAAAGGAGAUGUAUGGAGAUCAGUUUGGAGAAUUUGUAUGUGGAUAUUGGGGCUUAAAGGGUUAAUUACAUUACACAUGUACAAAUGUGCUAAUAAUUAGGAUUUAAUUUGUAUGUGAUCCUUGUAGGUGGCAGAAGACAUUAAGAAGGAGGCUGUACCUGUGUGGAGUCAGGAAAAUGUGCAGAAAUUUCAUAGACUGUAAGUUUCAUGUUUUGAAAGUUUUCACUCACCUGGUAUGUACAAGUGGCAAUAGUUAAAAAAAUUCCUGUUACGUUUAGGUCACAUCAUUGACCAUAAUGACAUAUUUGUUACUUGCAGAGUAUCAGACAAUUCAAGGCUGAGAAAUGUGUUGACAUUAAAUAGAACCAUUCCAGAAGCAGUGAUCAGUGAAGAUGAAGAGGUUUGUUUUAAUCAUUAGUUUUCCUAUAGCACCCAGGCCUAGGAGAGGUGAAAUCUCAGAUUACAUGUACAUAUUUUUCUUUUACCAGCAAAAUGAAAUAUUGAAGCCAAACUGAAGCAGUUUAGAAAAAUAUAUUGGCUUCAAAAGUAAAGGACACAGGCAACCCAUGCAGUUUCCAUUGAUGGGAAGCCUGUUAUUCAUGUACAUGUAAUGCCUUUUUUAUGGCCUUCAGUAUUUUGCUAGGGAUAAAAACAUUGUUGUUGAUUGACACGGGUAAGAAAGGUUUCAUAGGUUAGAAAGGUGAAAGAUAAUGAGAAGUGGGUAAGGAAAGAAAGGAAAAGAUUGACAGUAAUGGUAUGUAAUGUUCAGUUCCAGUGUGUUACAAUGAUCAACUUUUUUUUCCAGGAACAACCUGAGAUCCUGAAUGAUAAGAAGGCAAAUGACACUCAAAGUAACAAGAAACUAGGAGAUAUUUCAUCAAAUCACUUGGUGUCAUCCGUAGAAGCAUAG